CAUUCACCGCCGCUCUCCCCUGCCUUCCUCCCGGAUCAGCCUGCGGCCAAAGCCUUCUCUCCGCUGUCUGCUUGAGGAACAGGUGAUCCUCCUUAGCGGCCCGUUUCUGGAUGCGGCUCUCUCGCCUGCGUGUGAAGGAUGAUGAUGCCAGGCGAGGCUGAAGCAGCGUAACUUUUACUUGGCAAGAGGAAAAACUUUCUUCUCCGUUUGAAGGCAUUAAAAACACGUAGCGUUAAAAAGCAGAAGAAGUUGGUUUUAAAGCUGAACUUCACUUUCCUGGGAUUUGUGUGUCAGAUUCAAAGGCUGCGUCGUUUUCUUUUUCUUAUUUUUUUUUUCCUCCUUCCUUACCUCCCCAAAGGAAACUGUUGCUAGUUGGAAUAGACUUUUUAAAUGUUUGGAAUUCAAGAUACGUUAGGAAGAGGACCAAUUCUGAAAGAUAAAUCUCUAGGUUCUGAGAUGGAUUCCGUCAGGUCCUGGGUCAGAAACGUUGGGGUUGUGGAUGCAAACGUAGCAGCACAAAGCGGAGUAGCUUUGUCCAGAGCCCACUUUGAAAAGCAGCCACCCUCCAACUUGAGGAAAUCCAAUUUCUUUCACUUUGUUCUGGCUCUCUACGACAGACAGGGGCAGCCCGUGGAAAUAGAGAGGACAGCUUUUGUGGACUUUGUAGAAAAUGAUAAAGAGCAAGGCAAUGAGAAGACGAACAACGGCACACACUACAAACUCCAGCUCCUCUACAGCAACGGUGUCAGGACGGAACAGGAUCUCUAUGUGAGGCUCAUUGAUUCUGUCACCAAGCAGCCCAUAACUUACGAAGGCCAGAACAAGAACCCCGAGAUGUGCAGAGUGUUGCUCACCCACGAGGUCAUGUGCAGCCGGUGCUGUGAGAAGAAAAGUUGUGGCAACAGGAAUGAGACUCCAUCCGACCCUGUGAUCAUUGACAGAUUCUUCCUCAAAUUUUUUCUCAAGUGCAAUCAGAAUUGCUUGAAAACAGCAGGAAACCCGAGAGAUAUGAGACGGUUCCAGGUGGUGCUAUCGACAACAGUGAACGUGGAUGGGCACGUGCUGGCAGUGUCUGACAACAUGUUCGUGCACAACAACUCCAAGCACGGGCGGAGAGCGAGGAGACUCGACCCCUCGGAAGCCACGCCCUGCAUCAAAGCCAUCAGCCCGAGCGAGGGGUGGACCACAGGCGGAGCCAUGGUGAUCAUCAUUGGGGACAACUUCUUCGAUGGGCUGCAGGUGGUGUUUGGGACCAUGCUGGUGUGGAGUGAGCUGAUCACACCUCACGCCAUCCGCGUCCAGACGCCCCCCCGACAUAUUCCCGGCGUGGUGGAGGUGACAUUAUCCUACAAAUCCAAACAGUUCUGCAAAGGAGCACCAGGCAGGUUCAUUUACACAGCUUUAAAUGAACCUACCAUAGAUUACGGCUUCCAAAGACUGCAGAAGGUCAUCCCAAGACAUCCCGGGGACCCUGAAAGAUUAGCUAAGGAAAUGCUGCUGAAAAGAGCCGCUGACCUGGUCGAGGCCCUGUAUGGGACCCCCCACAACAACCAGGACCUGAUCCUGAAGCGCGCGGCCGACAUCGCCGAGGCUCUGUACAGCGUUCCGCGCAACCCCGCGCAGAUCCCAGCGCUGUCCAGCUCUCCUGCCCACGGCUCCAUGAUGGGCAUCAACUCCUACGGCAGCCAGCUGGGCGUCAGCAUCUCCGAAUCGGCGCAGGGCAACAACCAGGGCUACAUCCGGAACACCAGCAGCAUCUCCCCCCGGGGGUACUCGUCCAGCUCCACCCCGCAGCAGUCCAACUACAGCACCUCCAGCAACAGCAUGAACGGCUACAGCAACGUGCCCAUGUCCAACCUGGGCGUGCCGGGCUCACCCGGCUUCAUCAACGGCUCCCCGACAGGAUCUCCCUACGGAUUGAUGUCUUCAAGUCCAACAGUCGGCUCCUCCAGCACUUCUUCCAUCCUUCCGUUCUCCUCCUCGGUGUUCCCUGCUGUCAAACAGAAGAGUGCCUUUGCUCCUGUCAUCAGACCCCAAGGGUCCCCCUCUCCCGCCUGCUCCAGCGGCAACGGGAAUGGGUUCAGAGCCAUGACUGGUCUUGUCGUUCCCCCGAUGUAAGGAAGGGGCAGCUUUGCUGCUCUCCCUCUUCCCUUUUUUCCUCCUUUUUUUUUUUCAUUUUUCUUUUACAGCACAAAACUACUUAUUGUGAUGGACCACUAAAAGAAAAAAAUAGCACUACAAGCUCUUUUUUGGGGGAAAGCCAGGCCCAGGAAAAAGAAAAAAAAAAAAAAAAAGGAACAUUUUUUAUGGAUUGGACAAGUUAGAAGUCAGCAUCAUUUACCUGUUUCAUAUUUCUGACACAACCACAUCGACUCCUCAAACAUUUGGAAUGAAGAAUCAGCAAGAGCCAGGAUGAACAAGAGUUGGCAGGAUGGAAUUAGAAAUGCAAAGUCUUUCCUGGAAGACAUAAAAACCUUCCUAAGAUUUGUAAAAUAGUCAAAGGGGAAAAAAGAAAUUGGCAAAGUGAUUCAAGCUUGAUAUUUUGGAUACAAUUUGUUUUACUUUGUAGGGGUAAAAAAGUUGAAGUUUCUAUUUUCUAUGGAGCCUUUCAGAUAUCGAUUUAGUUUAUGCAGAAAAACAAUUCAACAAAACAGGGUACCAGCAUGAAAGAAUUUCUAGGACAAACUGACAUGAAUGAUGGAACUUUGGUGUAUGUGUGUAUUUGCUUAUAGUUUAACCUCUUUAAAAAAAAAUGUAAGAUGUUUUACAAUUAUUUAAAUAAAUAAACUUGUAACUUAUUGUAUGUAGAGGUAGAAAUUAAACCCUUUUUUGGAUUUUUUUCCCCUCCAGUUGUACAAUGAAGAAAGAUGAUGCAAAAAUGUAGUGAUAAGUUUGAGAUAUAUUAUUACUGCUGCAAUUGCUCCUCACUUUUCCCCCCGCCCCUUACUGAAUUAAUGUGCAAGGAUGUAUAGGAUUCCUUCUGAUGAACAAAACCCUCAGAAACUUUCACCUACAUUGUGAUAAACAGGUCAUGUAGGAAUUUUUGCACCCUCCUCACCUCACCCUCUUUCCAUUUUUUGCUUCAAUUAAAAUAUUCAGGUACUAAGAUUAACUGCUAAGUCUCAAAGACCCAGCUGAUGAGUGAGUGGCACUUAGGGAUUUGAGUGAAUCGGAUUUUUCACGAGGUACUGAGUUUAUUUUAUAGAUUCAAUGUAUGAAUUGGGAUGGGAAGGGUUCUCUGGGGUUUUCCAUGUAGUUAGAACACCUUAAGUUCAGUUAUGCUUCAUAUUAAGGGUGCAUUUAUAAAGUGUGAACAUGUAUUUGAAUGAUUUAUGCACUUUUAUCCCGAGUCAUUAAAAAUGGUAAGUAUUUGCCAGUUAUAUAUUGAAGUUCAUAGAGAUAAUCAAUUGCUUUGAAUUUUUCUGUGUUUUAACCUAAAAAAGAGUUCAGUUCUCCUUUGCCUCUCCUUUCCUGAAAUUGGAAGGUGAGGACAAGUCUGAUAAAAUAAAUCACGAAUUAUCCAACGAAACCAGGGAACACUGAAAACAAUUUGGAAAGCCAUUUUUAGUGGGGAAAAAAAGAAAAAUCUAUGGAGACUCCUCUAAAAUCCACACAAUUAAUGGCUGCCUGGACAGUUGUUCCUAUGGAAACACCUUGUUGUUAAUCAAUAAACCCUAAAUAAGGCCCCAGGAUUCGAACUUAUCCAUUGGCCCAGUAGUUCUAUGGAUGGGUAAGGAAAAUUUUGUUCUUGGUGAUCUUUAGGGGUGGUAGAACUAGGACAGCUUGCAUGGCUGAGCUCGUUUGGGGCUGUUUUGGAGCUAAUUUGGAUUAGGAAGAGCCAAAAAUCCUCUCUGCAGCUUCACAGCUGGAUGGUGAUGGGAGGCUGAGGGGGGAUGACCUGAGAGAUCCUCACCUGAAGGACAGGGCUUGGGCACAGGGCAGCCUGUGCAGGACAGCAGAGCACAGAAAAUGCUGGAAUGCCAUGGUAGGGACACCUCCCACUGCCCCAGGCUGCUCCAAGCCCCAUCCAGCCUGGCCUGGAACACUUCCAGGGACUGGGAAACACUUCCAAGUUCCUCCAGGUUCCCUUUUCUGGUGCAGUUUAUGGGAUAAACCCACUCACUGCACCUGGUUGUCUCAGAGGGACUGGAGACACCAGCUGGGCCAUUCCUAAAGCAAGUCCCACUUUUGGGAAGGGUUUUUGUGUUCCUGACUGAGCUGUGAGGUUUGGCAGGAUCUUCAUUUGCUGCCCUCUCAAUGCCACUCAUUCCCAUUUUAAAAAGGUGGAGUGGGGCUGAUCUCUUCUAAAACUCAAGGCCCAACUUAUGUCAGCAAAAACAACAAUUUAAAGAGAGAUUUGGUGGGAAUGACGUGGGUUUUAAGAGACAUGGAUAUAAUUAAUAAUUCACAAUCAGGCUACAGAAACUGAGUUCCAGAGAAAAUGAAAUAAAAUAAAUCCCUGUUAAUUAAGGCUGCAGGUUGAUUGUCCUGGCAGGUUCUCUGCAUGCCUCUCAUGUCACCAAGGAUGUGGCAGUCACUGGAGGUCAGUCAGCACUCCUGAAACCAAGUGAGCAAUGAAAUAUUAGAGAAAAAUACAUGUUAAAAAGCCUGGGGUUGUCAGGGUUCCUCUGAUAACACCACACGGUGCAGGGCCAGAGCUGGACUUUCCAAACAGCAAAACAGCAACAACAACCCCCCCCAAUAUUUCAUCCAUUCACAGGUACUGACAUCUCAGCAGGGCUAAGUAGGAGGUGCAAAUUCAUGUUUGGAAUGAUGCAUUUACCCAGGGAUAAAAACGGAUAAAGCACUGGAAGAGCUGGGAUUGAAAUUUCCAUAAAUUUCAGUGAAAGCACAUUUACUCCUAAUUCCAAAAAUUAUCUUGGUGGACCAGGCUCAUUCUAUCAAAUCCUUUCCUCCAUCCCCACCUACUAAAAACCCCAAACUGCGCCAAAGCAUGAAAAUGAUGAAUAUUCUCCCUGCCUUUCAGGUUACUUCUAAAAUUGAUCAUCAAAUAAACUCAACAUUCUGUCUGGCAAGUAUUCCAGAUCAAUAGGAAUUUCUAGACCACCUGCUGGAGAGCAGCACUUUCCUACCUUAAAUCCUCUCCUUUUUUUUAACAAAUGGGAUUUUCAUUACAAAAUAUCAGUCAGGAAAGUUUUCAAUUGAAAAAAAAAAAAAAA